CAUCGCCACGGAGCGCUUUGAUCGCUGGUUCGGUACUUUUCGCAGUAUAGGAGAAGCCGCGGAAGAGGGAGAAAUCGAAAUUUCUUUAUCUUCCUUCUUCGGCGACCGAUUCAACAGGAUUUACAGAGAGAGAGAGUAAUGGCGAGGAGGCCGGACGAGGAAUACGAUUACCUCUUCAAAGUCGUGCUGAUCGGCGAUUCUGGCGUCGGCAAGUCGAACUUGCUUUCCCGAUUCACUCGGAACGAGUUUUGCCUCGAAUCCAAGUCCACCAUCGGCGUCGAGUUCGCGACUCGCACUCUGCAGGUUGAGGGUAGAACAGUGAAGGCUCAGAUAUGGGACACUGCAGGACAGGAGCGAUAUCGAGCCAUUACCAGUGCCUAUUAUAGGGGUGCACUUGGAGCUCUUCUGGUUUAUGAUGUGACAAAACCAACUACUUUUGAAAAUGUCAGCAGGUGGUUGAAGGAGCUCAGGGACCAUGCAGACGCAAACAUAGUUAUCAUGCUUAUUGGGAAUAAGACUGAUUUGAAGCAUCUCAGAGCAGUUGCUACAGAGGAUGCUCAAGGUUUUGCCGAGAGAGAAGGACUUUCCUUCAUCGAAACAUCAGCUUUGGAAGCAAUAAAUGUUGAGAAGGCUUUCCAGAUGAUCCUCUCAGAGAUAUAUCGGAUAAUCAGCAAGAAGUCACUUUCUUCAGAGGAGCCAGCAGCCACUAACAUAAAAGAGGGGAAGACUCUUGUUGUUGGAGGUCAGGACACUAACUCAAAGAAGCCUUGCUGCUCUUCGUCCUGAAGGGUAUCAUUCUCAUUUCACCUCCCCCUAUCCAGUUUCUUUCAGCAGAUCUAUUGUUUUGAGUUGUUUUGUUUAUAUUUUGCAUUCAAACUUUUUUUGGCCUGUUGUUGUCGGAUGGUAAGGAUUCUUUUCAAUUGAUAGUUUUCAUGAGAUAUGUUACUCUUGGUGUUUCCAGUCAUAAGAAAAUGAAUACAACUUCUGAAGCUCAUGGGAUUCUCUACA